AUGGCGAAAACAGCAGUGGCCAUUCCAUCGGAGGGCGGAGAUGAGCUUUUUGCCAAGUACUUUGCUGAAAUCUCGCUCGAUGUGGUCGAGGAGCAGACGUUCCUCAAGCGUGCCAUGGAAGAGCCAGGGCCCAGGUAUGUCCACCUGCGGCGCAGCUCCAUCGGGACAGUGACGAUUCCCCCACACAUUGAGGAGAACCAGCCUGGCAAAGUCAUUUCUCAGGUGUGGACAGGGCAUCCGAAAGGUGAUCGCACAUUGUUCAUCAUGGACCGCCGUGCCGAAAAUCGGCUGCGGGAGCUGAAGGCAGUCGGCACGCAGAAGAGCAUACCCAUGCUCAGAGGUGUCGCUUGCUCAAGGAAGAACUACGGGACCCGACUCGGACCGGAGCCAUUUGGGGAUUCCUUCCGUUGCAGAGUUGGGAGCCAAAUUACCUUGGAAAACACGUACAUCACGCACACGUGUCCAAGAAGCACUCUGGAAGGGCUGUGUGCGACAUGUCAUCGUUUUCGCCGCGGGAGCCAUCUCUCCAAUUGCUGCGUGAGCAUCGAUCAAGCCUCUCACCAUCAACUGAAGGGAUGCCAAGCAGUGGUCAGUGAUCGCCUGGUACAUCCAAUAGUCGUUCCACUUCAUGCUCUGUCCUUAAGCGCGUGUAAUUGCUUGUACAAGCGAAUUCUCCAGCAAAGUGGGUGA